AUGCCUGCCGCUUGUUCAUCAGAUGGCCAUCUGAUGAACGUUUUGGAGCGUCCACAAGCGUGUGGAUGUACUACGAGUGAGUGCGAUGACCUCACUUGUGGUACGGUCGUUAGUACGACUGCACGAAACCUUAGUGUACCAAACGGUUACACUUCGGAGCAAAGUUCCGGCGGCUGUGAGGAAACACAGGCUGCGCCGAAGGUCCACCACUCGAAUAAGUCGGGUGGACUGGGACAAAGAUGUAUCCCUAGCGGGGAACAUCUAGAAGAGAAACAAUCGAUCGCUCAGGUUAAGCGAAACGAUAAUCCUAGAUCGACUGGAGAGUCUUUCGUAGAGGAUCUCGCUGUGGUUGCGCAACCCCAGCUAGAGGAAGUAAUGGGAAUAAGUCCCAAGAUUACAAACACGGCGGAAAUAAGUUCCCCGAAACCCGCGGGAAUAAGUCCCCGGGAAGCCGAAGGAAUAAGUCCUUCGAGGCCUGAGGGAAUAAGUCCCCAGGAAAUGACAGAGACAUUGAAUGUCCUAGUCAAUGAUGGAUCAAGUGUAGGCGCUUAUACACUUGAUAUGAUUGCGCCUCCGAAGUUGACUUCGGAGAUCACUCAGUUGCCAACGCUCGAACAUAAAAGGUUCUUGCGUGAUCUGCGUAGUGGCAAAGUCAAGCAGAUCUGCGUACUCGUCGCCGACGACGAGUGUGUAACCAACAUAAGGUCAGCAACAGUGUUUACUGAGAACGAGAGAGUUCUCAGUAGUUCAUCUAUGGACGAGAGUGUCCUCGAUGAAAAGACACGAAUUGAGCGAUAUGACUCCCAAUCGUGGGAAUCGCUCAAGAAAAAUCCUCUCUAUGAAGAUUUGGUUGAAUUCAAGGAUGUAUUCCCUGAAACUGUUCCGUGCGAAUUACUGAAGGAUAAAGGUACUCGACACGAGGUCGAGAUUAAACCAGGCUCGAAGUACUGUGUCAUGAAGCAGUGGCCACUGCCUCGUGAACAAGUACUUGCGAUCGACAAGUUCUUUGCCGAUCGUUUAGCUGCGGGCCAUGUGAGGGAAUCAACUUCCCCACAUGGCUCUCCGACCUUCUGUGUGCGAAAAGCAACAGGAGGGUGGCGGAUAGUGCACGCGUUUAACAAAUUGAACGCUGCAACGGUACCGGCUCAGACGCCGAUACCGAGGAAGGACGUAAUCAUUGAUGGUAUGUCAAAGAGUACCAUCUUUUCGUCCAUGGAUUUGAUGGAUGGCUUCUAUCAAAUCCCUAUGCGGAACGGGAUAUACCCUAUACCGCAGUUAGCACGCCUAGCGGCAUGCUCUGGGAAUGGCUAG